AUGCAUCUCCUGUCCUCGGCCGCACUCGUCUGGCUGCUGGCGCAGGGCGCGGCGGCGCAGAACUGCCAGGCCGUGACGGGCCGGUUCCAGCCAAAGGUCGGGCAGGGCUACAGGGUCAACGCCAUCGCGACGGGGCUGCGGUCGCCGCGCCACAUCGUCGUCGACACGGCCGGCAACCUGCUGGUGGCCGAGGGCGGGUCCGGGUCCGUGAGGCGACUGGUUCUCACCGAGAACAACGGCAACGUCUGCGUGCAGUCCAGCAGCGCCAUCACUUCGGCCCAGACCACCAACCACGGCAUCGCCCUCAGCGCCGACGGCAAGACGCUCUUCACCUCCAACAACAACAACGUCUACGCCUUCCCCUACAACCCGGACACGGGCGCGGUUGGCACGGCCAAGACCAUAAUCACGGGCAUGAACAACGGCGGCACCCACCCGACGCGCGCCAUCUUCGCGUCAAAGGCCAGCCCGGACACCAUCCUGGUGGCGCGCGGGGCCAACAACAACAUCGACACCACGACGGCCCAGCAGUCGACGGGCCGCGGCAUCAUCAAGAGCUUCAGCAUCUCGGCCACGUCGGGCACCGCCGCCCAGUACGCGUCCGGGGGGCAGGUGCUCGCGUGGGGGUUGCGCAACAUUGUCGGCAUGGGGGAGCAUCCCGGGGACGGCGGCGCGUGGUCCGUCGAAAACUCGCUGGACGACACCCGCCUUAACGGCCGCGACGUGCACAACGAGAACCCGGCCGAGAAGCUCAACUACCACGGCAUGCUCAACAGCACCAAUAACCCGCGCAAGGGGCUGAACUUUGGAUACCCAUCCUGCUUCCCCGCCUGGAACACGCAGCUCCUCGCCAUCUCGGGCAUCAAGGUCGGCGACCUCUUCAACCCGGACGCGGUGCCGCGCGCCACCGACUGCGCCACGCGCGCCACGGGCCGCCUGCACUUCCCCGCGCACACGGCUCCGCUCGACGUCAAGUUCAACGCGAACGGCACCCGCGCCUACGUCGCCUUCCACGGCAGCUGGAACCGCCAGCCCGCCGACGGCUACCGCGUGAUGCGCUUCGACUUCAAGGACGGGCAGCCCGUCGAGAGCCCGCAGAGCACCACGGCCUCCAUCCCCGUCAUGGAGAACACCAACGUCGGCGCCUGCCCCGGCGCGUGCUUCCGCCCCGUCGGGCUGGACUUUGACAAGAAGGGGCGGCUGUUUGUCUCGAGCGACUCGUCGGGCGAGAUCUAUGUCAUCUACAAUGCGUAGGCGAUGGUGGUUGGUUGGGGGAAAUUGCUUGCGGGGGUUACUUUUGCUCUCAGGCAGC